AAUGAUAUGCGCAUUUUGACUGGAAACAUGUGGCAGUCCUCCGGCAUCAUAUACCACACCAUCCAAAGCAUGGCUGCCUCCUGUCUGGCCAAGAACUUUCCGCAUCUGGCCGCAGUAGCCAAACGGGAACGCUCUCACGCCGCGGAAUAUCUAGACGAUAGAGUCAAUGCUGUAGUCAGCAAAGAAGAGAGGCUUCUAUCGCUUAUGCUCCUGGGCCACACCGCCAGCUGGUUCGACCCUCACGAUCUCGCCCAGGACCAGUUCCGUGAUGCGCAGAUCCUGACCAACUCCUGUGCCUCCGAGAUGCAAAAAGGCUCAAACUGGCACUUCUUCGAACAGAGCCUGGACCACUGGGCGAUGCUCCUUGCCUUUUUAACCGAUAAGGGCGUUGAUUCUAACCUGCCACCGCCGUCUAUCGGCCCCGAGCAGCCGACACAGGGUCAAAUGCCUCAUCCAUUCAGUGGCAUCUCUCACCAGCUGGUCAGGUUGGUAACUGACACUGGGCGCUUGGUAUUCAGGACUCGCAAGCGCCUGUUGACUCUCAGGUACAUGACGGAAUCCCAUAUGGAGGACUUUCGGGAUGGGCUUCGCGAGGCACGCAGCAUUGAACGGAGACUGUUUGCCUAUGUUCCCAUGGAUGUCUCUUGCAUGGUGGACCCGUGCGACGCAUCAACCACACUGAACCACUUCCAACAAAUGGAUCAAGCGUUUCAGUACACGACUUUGCUACAGCUUUACCGUGCCUUUCCCGAUCUGCUAGCUAAACGAUACCAACCUUGGAACAAAUACGAGAUUCUUCUUCCACAGGCUGCACACGAGAAGCCAACACGCCAAGAGAUGGACAUUUGGCUGACCAAACUGGCAAUGCAUAUACUUUCCAUGUUGCAAGAGAUCCCAUUCGAGUCACCAACACGCUCCAUUCAGCCCUUCAUUUUCGCUGCAGUCUCGGGCGAGCUCAAGUAUACACAGCAUCUCGUCCAUCUUUCCGAUGGUGUGCCUAUUCCCUUUCCUCACAUAGAUCACGCCUCAAUCGAAGUGGCGAGAGCACGACAGUUUACGUUGACCCGCCUGUCAGCAUAUGGCAAUAUCUUGACAGUGGACAAAGUCCAACGGAUAUUGCAGCUAAUCAAUUGCGUGUGGGAUGCCCUUGAUGCAGGAGAUAGUGACGUCUACUGGGUUGAUGUAGCUUACAAGAAACAGUUGGGCACAAUGAUGGGAUAG